AUGCGACCACUGCGUUGCGCGCGACCUGCUCGGGCGACCGGUCACAUCGCUGGCUCAAGGCACCUGCGGAGGCCGCGCCCCCGGCCCCAAGCGCGGGCAGCGCUGCUCGCUGGCGACGGCCGCCGUGCACUGGCAGGCGGGAGACAGACAGCAUGCGAGGGAGAUUGGGCUGGUGCCGCUUGUCUCGGGCGCCGCGCCGUGGGCGAAGGCAAACUCGUUCAGUCCUCCCCUUUGCAGACGUGCAACUGCUCCGCUGCUGACACCUGGGCUUAUGAAUACGCGAAAGGAACUGCAACGCUUUGCAGUUUGGAGGCGGCAGUAAGACGGGAGCACGGCGGGGGACGUCUCGCAGCCUGGCGCGCGGCGCGGGUCAAGUGGACGCCCUCGGCCGCCCUCGCCUCUCGAGCGACAUCCGAAAUGGCCGAAGGUCGAGGCGCGAGGCGGCGCGGGCGGCCUGAUUCGCAUGCGCUGGAGGAGCAGAACGAACGGAAGAGUGAACUGGACGGAGUUGAAGACGUUUCGCAGCAGCGGUACGCUGCGUUACAUAGGGCGUUACGUAAUAAUUAUGGGGGGCGCGUUACGGAGGGUAUUGUCGCGCUGGGAGGAGGUGUGUGUGUGUGUGAGUGUCUAGUCGGCGGCCGUGUCCCACUCGUCGGGGUCCACGGCCUCCCACACGGCGCCCUGCACCCAGCCGAAGGCGCCGCCCACGUACGAGAGCGCCAGCCCGUUGUACAGCCACUGGCGCCAGCCCGUGCGCGUGCCGGCGUCCACGCGGCUCUCCAGCUCCUGGCAGAGGGCGCGGCGGUCGUCGCACACCAGGCGCUUCUUGCAGUCGGCGUCGCACGCCUGCCGCUCGGGCGAGCUCUUCCAGUAGUGCCUGCGGACAGGGCCACCCGCCUUUCACACUCCACGCUCGGGCUUGGGCUUGCUUUGGGGGCAGAAGUGGAAUUAAGCGGUCGUCCUUCAAAACAGAUCAACGCGUAG